AUGAGUGACAUUCUUUCACCAAAUGUGUUCUUAAAACCCCCUCAGUGGGAUACGCUUCCCCCUAAUAACGGUCAAGACAAAGGUUUCCCCAAUCAGGAGACCAGGGUUCAGACCCCCCCCAAUCAGGAGACCAGGGUUCAGACCCCCCCCAAUCAGGAGACCAGGGUUCAGACCCCCCAAUCAGGAGACCAGGGAGACCAGGGUUCAGACCCCCCGUUCCCAAUCAGGAGACCAGGGUUCAGACCCCCCCCCCGUUCCCAAUCAGGAGACCAGGGUUCAGACCCCCCCCGUUCCCAAUCAGGAGACCAGGGUUCAGAUCCCUCCGCCCCGUUCCCCAAUCAGGAGACCAGGGUCAGAUCCCCCCCCCGUUCCCAAUCAGGAGACCAGGGUUCAGACCCCCCCGUCCCAAUCAGGAGACCAGGGUUCAGACCCCCCGUUCCCAAUCAGGAGACCAGGGUUCAGACCCCCCGUUCCCAAUCAGGAGACCAGGGUUCAGAUCCCCCCAUUCCCAAUAAGGAGACCAGGUUCAGACCCCCCCCCCGUUCCCAAUCAGGAGACCAGGGUUCAGACCCCCCCCGUUCCCAAUCAGGAGACCAGGGUUCAGACCCCCCCCGUUCCCAAUCAGGAGACCAGGGUUCAGACCCCCCCCCCCGUUCCCAAUCAGGAGACCAGGGUUCAGACCCCCCCCCCCGUUCCCAAUCAGGAGACCAGGGUUCAGACCCCCCCGUUCCCAAUCAGGAGACCAGGGUUCAGACCCCCCGUUCCCAAUCAGGAGACCAGGGUUCAGAUCCCUCCGCCCCGUUCCCAAUCAGGAGACCAGGGUUCAGAUCCCUCCCCCCCGUUCCCAAUCAGGAGACCAGGGUUCAGAUCCCCGUCCCCGUCCCCAAUCAGGAGACCAGGGUUCAGAUCCCCGUCCCCCAGGAGACCAGGGUUCAGGAGACCAAUCAGGAGACCAGGGUUCAGACCCCCCCGUUCCCAAUCAGGAGACCAGGGUUCAGAUCCCCCCCGUUCCCAAUCAGGAGACCAGGGUUCAGACCCCCCCCCCGUUCCCAAUCAGGAGACCAGGGUUCAGAUCCCCCCCCGUUCCCAAUCAGGAGACCAGGGUUCAGAUCCCCCCCAGGAGACCAGUUCCCCCGUUCCCAAUCAGGAGACCAGGGUUCAGACCCCCCCGUUCCCAAUCAGGAGACCAGGGUUCAGAUCCCCCCCCCCUCCGUUCCCAAUCAGGAGACCAGGGAGACCAGGGUUCAGAUCCCCCCCGUUCCCAAUCAGGAGACCAGGGUUCAGAUCCCCCCGUCCCAAUCAGGAGACCAGGGUUCAGAUCCCCCCCCCGUUCCCAAUCAGGAGACCAGGGUUCAGAUCCCCCCCCCUGUCCCAAUCAGGAGACCAGGGUUCAGAUCCCCCCGUUCCCAAUCAGGAGACCAGGGUUCAGAUCCCCCCUCCGUUCCCAAUCAGGAGACCAGGGUUCAGAUCCCCCCCCCGUUCCCAAUCAGGAGACCAGGGUUCAGAUCCCCCCUCCGUUCCCAAUCAGGAGACCAGGGUUCAGAUCCCCCCUCCGUUCCCAAUCAGGAGACCAGGGUUCAGAUCCCCCCGUUCCCAAUCAGGAGACCAGGGUUCAGAUCCCCCCCGUUCCCAAUCAGGAGACCAGGGUUCAGAUCCCCCCCCCGUCCCAAUCAGGAGACCAGGGUUCAGAUCCCCCCCGUUCCCAAUCAGGAGACCAGGGUUCAGAUCCCCCCUCCGUUCCCAAUCAGGAGACCAGGGUUCAGAUCCCCCCCCCGUUCCCAAUCAGGAGACCAGGGUUCAGAUCCCCCCUCCGUUCCCAAUCAGGAGACCAGGGUUCAGAUCCCCCUCCGUUCCCAAUCAGGAGACCAGGACAUUCCAGUGCGGCUCUUUUUGGCCACACGGGGGCGCCAUUAG